UUGGCGACUUGGCACCUUGCCGAUUGUGUCGACGAGGGAUUUUUCAUUUGUUGGAAAAAGAAGAAAUGGAAUCAAAGUGUGUCUAAUAAGAGGGUUCAUCGUGUUCCAAAAUGUCCACCCUGACCUCUGGAAGGCCUAGGCAACCCGCUUACCGACGUUCCAACACUAGCUAUGCCCUUCUCACCGGAGCCAGCGGGUUAGACAGUGGUCUGGGUAACCAUGACUUUGGGAAUCGAUAUCCUUCUUCGGCAUCAUCGUCCAAUGUCGUCGCAAGCAAUCCAAGAGCAUCAGGGAACUAUGACUACUUGGGCAAUUCUGGUGGGUUGGAACGCUCUACUUCCAAUGCAUCCAUACCACCAUGGAGCGACGCAGACAUGUGCUACAAACCUAGGCAGCCCAAAUACUCCUACUUUGUGGGCAAAUAUCCUUCGGAUGCUAAAACCAGAUACAGCACCUAUCAACCACCCGCUUCCCAAUACGGAGAUUGGUACGCUGGAAAGAAUGACUACACGCCAUCUACGACGUCUAGCCAUGUUCCAACUUCCUCGUCCACCUCGCUCUACCCAGAGAAUAGGGAUUACGGAUUGGAUUCCAUGACCAACAGCUAUCGGCAUCCUUCAGCUUCAGCUUCGGCAUACUCUUCAGCAAUUAAGAAAAGCAAGAGCUACUCGUUUAUCGAUAAACUUCAAAAGCAACCUCACCACAGAUCCCAGCUAUAUAACCCGGAUGAUACUCCAUCAUACGGGCAUUUGAGCGGGGUAUCGGAGAUCGAAACCGACCCCGAAGAUAGAAGGAAGAAAGAAGUGGACGAUCUGAUUUCCAAGUAUUCCAUCAAAAACAUUGAACGCACAAUUGGCAAUCGAGACCCCGCAGAGAGAAGGCGUUCGUCCUUCCAUCAUCAAAUGUCGGCUGACCAGGCCAUGGCAUUGCCUCCUUCCUCCGGUUCAUCUGGCAUGGACUACUCCCAUCCGGAUCGCAACGGUCUUGGUCUCACCCUAUCUCGACCUUCCACCGAUAUCGAACCCCUACCUAGACACGUCCACAAUCGUUCAUUGGCUAAAUCCUCGUCUAGUAUCCAACCCUUCACAUCGUAUACGAGCUCGGUUUAUGAGCCCCCGGAUCCCACUUCCUCCUACAUGAUGCCCCACGGGCUCUCUCGAUCCAGUUCUGGCAUUGGAACCUUCGAUUCGGGACUCAGCUCGAGGGGUGCUAGUCGUCGCGAAAAGACCAUGUCCUUAUUGAGUGCCACGCCCAAUACGUUGUAUGGGUCUGACUUAGGCUCGCAGACCCCUUCCGUGGUUCCCUCGUCCCUGAUGCCGUCGGCGUCUUCGUCCAAAAUUGGUUCCCUUCAACGACGCCCAAGUGCCGAUUGGUGGAAUCCCACAUCAUCUUCACAUUCCAUUGGGAUGACCACGCCAGAGUGGAACGUCAACCCUACCCAGUUGCCCUGGUCAGCUAGCACUGCAAGCGGAGUAGCUGAGACGCUUCCAGUUGUACCUGACGACGAGGAUGGACAUCUGGCUUAUAAGCUCGGGGAUAUCAUUGACAAUAAGCUAUCACGGUAUAAGAUCAUUGCCACCCUGGGUGAAGGUACCUUUGGCAAAGUCGUCAAAGUCAAAGAGCUCAACACGGACAAAGUGGUGGCUCUGAAAAUCAUUAAGAGCGUGGACAAAUACCGUGAGGCCGCCAAACUGGAAAUCAAUGUUCUGGAAAAGAUUCAGGAGGUGGAUCCGCUUAACAAGCACCUUUGUGGUCGAAUGCUUCAUUGGUUCAAUUAUCAUGGACACAUGUGUCUUGUCUUCGAGUUACUGGGCCUGAGCGUGUUUGACUUCUUGAAAGAAAACAAUUACCAUCCCUACGCAUUGGACCAAGUUCGACACAUCACGUAUCAAUUGUGCUAUUCUGUCAAAUUUCUCCAUGAAUGCAAGCUGACCCACACGGACUUGAAGCCUGAAAAUAUCCUCUUUGUAUGCUCGGACUGGGAAGUGACAUACAAUGCAAAGAAGAGACGUGAUGUGCGAAAGGUCAAAUCCACCGAAGUCAGAUUGAUUGAUUUUGGGUCGGCCACUUUUGACUGGGAACACCACUCGAAAGUUGUGUCUACCCGACACUAUCGAGCUCCAGAAGUGAUAUUGGAACUUGGAUGGGCACAACAAUGUGAUAUCUGGAGCAUCGGUUGUAUCAUGUUUGAACUCUACUUGGGCUUUACUUUGUUCCAAACUCAUGACAACAGGGAACACUUGGCCAUGAUGGAGAGAAUUCUCGGCCCUAUGCCGGAAAGGGUUUCUCGACGAUCGCGAACGAAGUACUACUCCAGUGGACAAUUACUCUGGGACGAUAACACGUCAGCCGGAAAAUAUGUCAGGGAGAAUUGCAAACCUCUUAGGAAAUAUUUGAUGGUAGAUUCAGAAGAUCAUCGAUUACUUUUUGACCUCAUUUCAAAAAUGCUCAUCUACGAUCCAAUGGAAAGGAUUACGUUAAGUGAGGCCUUGCAGCAUCCAUUCUUUCAUCAGAUUCCUAGCCACUUUCGAUUAGACAUCUAUCGAUGAGGCUAAAUGAAGAGACCAAAACCUCCCGCUCCUCCCUUCAAAAAAAAAUAUUUUUAGUGUAGUACGACGUCCACUACCUGCAAUCUCAUGGCUUAAAGAAUACAGAUAGAUUAUACAUACUAGAAUAAAAUCAUAAAAAAACGUCUGUGCUAGUGUGAAUGUGUGUGCAUGAUACACAGUGAUCAAUUCCCAGUGCUUGAAAUAUAUUAUUUUUUAGCAUU